UCCAAGACUUAAUUGAGAAACAUGGGAAGCCUUCUGAAGAAGCCUUUCAAAGUGUAUGCGGCAAAGAAAAACCUGGCAGACUUCGUUGCCACGGAAGAACUACAACUAUGACUCUAUUGAAGAGAAAUGAAGAAAUUGCAAGACUUAGAAAAGAACAUAAUGAUGAGGUAAAACAAUUAAAGGAUCAGAUACAAGAAAUGGAAGAGAAACGGCGUAAGGAAACAAAAGCAAUGGAAGGAAAAAUUCAGAUUCUUCUUAAGGUCAUGUUGAGUCAAAACAUCACUGGGUUGGAUACAGAGGCUUUGGCAGAUUUGAUAACAACUUCUGCAGCUGAUGCUAACAAUGUAUUGCAUUCUUCUACGUCAAUAUUUGCUCAAGAUGAUAAUGAGAUGAAUAAUGAUGAUAUCAAUGAAGAAUUUGAAGAUUUGGAAGCACAAGAUGAAGAGAUAUAGAUG